UCGAUAGUUCAUUAGAAACGGCCUUUUUUUUUUUUAAAGUUCCUGGGGGAAGAGUGAAGGGACCCGGACAAACCCAGUGAAAGGGGCCAGGGCUGAGCUCAGAAGAUAAAGAUUUACGAAUUACUCAUCACCGGAGGACUUGUGUUAAACCGAAGAGCAGGUGCAACGCGGAAAACCAAGGUCUUGACUGCUUGAGAACGUCAGAAAAUAAAGAAAAUGGCGGAGCCGGACAAAUUAAACAUCGACUCUAUAAUUCAGCGUCUCUUGGAAGUCAAGGGCUCUCGGCCAGGCAAAAAUGUCCAGCUGACAGAGAACGAGAUUCGUGGCCUUUGCCUCAAGUCCCGUGAAAUCUUCCUGAGCCAGCCAAUCCUGCUUGAACUAGAGGCUCCCCUUAAAAUCUGUGGUGAUGUCCAUGGUCAGUACUAUGAUCUUCUCCGGCUCUUUGAAUAUGGAGGUUUCCCCCCAGAAAGCAACUACUUGUUCCUGGGUGACUAUGUAGACAGAGGCAAGCAGUCGCUGGAGACUAUCUGCCUGCUUCUAGCCUACAAAAUCAAAUACCCAGAGAACUUUUUCCUUCUUCGUGGCAACCAUGAAUGCGCCUCUAUUAAUCGAAUCUAUGGCUUUUAUGAUGAGUGUAAACGACGGUAUAACAUUAAGCUGUGGAAAACCUUCACAGACUGCUUCAACUGUUUGCCGGUGGCUGCCAUUGUAGAUGAGAAAAUAUUCUGCUGUCAUGGAGGCCUUUCACCCGAUCUUCAAUCAAUGGAGCAGAUCCGUAGAGUAAUGCGACCCACAGACGUGCCUGACCAGGGUCUGCUGUGUGAUCUGCUGUGGGCUGAUCCAGACAAAGACGUCCUCGGCUGGGGUGAAAAUGACCGCGGUGUCUCCUUCACGUUUGGAGCAGAUGUGGUGGCCAAAUUUUUGCACAAACAUGACAUGGAUCUAAUAUGCAGAGCACAUCAGGUUGUAGAAGAUGGGUAUGAGUUUUUUGCAAAAAGGCAACUUGUCACUCUAUUCUCGGCUCCCAAUUACUGCGGAGAGUUUGACAACGCUGGUGCCAUGAUGAGCGUGGAUGAAACACUCAUGUGCUCCUUCCAGAUUCUAAAGCCAGCAGAUAAGAAAUUGUAUCCUUAUGGUAGUGGGGGAGGAAUGGGAUCUGGGAGACCGGUUACUCCGCCACGAAAUUCAUCUAAGCCUGCCAAGGCCAAGAAAUAACACCCGCUGGGUGUCCCUUCCACAACCUCCACCUUCCUGUUGGCCCAAUGCUUUUUUUUUUUUCUCGCUCUCUCAUACUUGUUUAUCCCUCAUCACCAAACGGCAACAAAAAUAAACAAGUGUCCAGGGUUCAACCAUGUCUUUAUCGCAGACACAUUUUAGCUGUUUGUUUGGAUGUUUCCAUGCAUUUUUCAUGUGUGUAAAGACUGAAAAUGACCUAGAGGGAAUUGCUGUAUUCUGUACAUACGCAUUUCUUUUCUUCUUCUGUACUCUCUGUUCUGUUUUCUAACUUUUUGUAGAGAUCAGUUUGGGCCCAUGUGUGAUAUAAACCUGGGAGCAAGGGAGGAGGGGAAGGGAGUUAGAGGAGCCCUAGCUGUUGUUAAGGCCCUGCACUGUUAAAUGCUAAACACAAGCUUUUCUACAUCCCAUUUCAGAGUCUGUGUGUGUAUCUGUGUGAUGGGUUGGGAUCAAGUCGGAUGGUGAUGGCACAUACACAUGUUCCACCCGUGUGUGGUAUAUAUGUGCAGGUGAAUCUUUGAAUGUCAUGGAUUCACAAUGAGAACUUCUAUUUUUCUUUGUCCCUUUUAAACACCAAUGAUUUGAGAAUGACAUCAUUCAUGUUCUUUUUUUAUUUUUAAUGUAGAUACAUGGAAUCAACAUGAUUUGCUCUCUGUUUAUUUCUUGUUUUUAGUUCACUAAAGUUGAAGAUGAAUAAAAAAGGCAAUUUAUUUCAA